AAAAAUGCGUCUACUUCCAGUAACUCUUCUCUUAGGAGCUGUCAUCUUUGUUUCCACCAAAAGUACCUGCCGGACAAGAACUAAACCUCCAAGUACUGUACCUAUGAAUGAAGUAACUGAAGCUGUAACAACCAAGAAAGCAAGCAAUGUUACCGUUAAACCUACAACAUGUGAGGCAAGUUGGACUCGAGUGGAAAGAUCAAUUGGUGGAUGGUGUCUGAAGGUUUACAAUGGAUUUGUUCAUCAAGAUCAGGCUUCUCAGGCUUGUAUUAGAAUCGGAGCUGAACUAUCUGGAAGUGAAAGUUCUGCUGAAAGAGCUGUUAUUGCAAGACUUGGAAAAGAAAGAAUGCUCGCUGCUUCUGACUAUAAAUUUGGAACUAUUCGAGUUGGAAUUGCAAGACCUACUACAACUAGAGCUUGGGCACUCACCGAUGGAAAUAAUGAUGGAGGUCAGCAAGGUAUUCAAUGGAGUAAGGGAGAACCACAACUGGGUCCAACCAGCGGAUAUUCCCAUAAUUGUGCUCUUAUGUGGAUUUGGGCUUCAACUGGAACCAGCCCUUAUGAACAUGGAAAAUACUUUCACAAGUUUGUCCACUUACUUGGAAGGACAUGUACAGAGGAUUUGUUUGUGGAAAGCGUGCUACUUGAUUUUUAAUGUUCUAAAUUAAUUGAUUAUUCGAAUAAAAUCUUAUUUU